CCGACGACGUCGCUCCUCCGCUCGAUCUCUCGAUCAAUCCGCUGGGUCGCCGCCGCCGUAGAACCGCGUAUCGCAGGCCGCCGACGGAGCUCUCUCAGUAGCACGUUAACCGUCGCCGUCGCUGCCGCCGUCGCAGCAGCAGCAGCGCGCCGUGUCAUCACGUUAUUACGCCGCCGCCGCUCCGCCCGCACACGGAAGGGCAAACGGAAAUGAGUAGAUGAUCAUAUCUAUCACUUAUAUUAUACUCGUAUAAUAUUCCCAGGAAAAUGGAUCUGAUAGAACGAUUAGAUGUCACGAUCACUUCUCCGCGCUCUUCGGCAAUUGGCAGACGACGACGACGACGAACAACUUAAGCGGUUUGAAUACUAAACUUUGACAACGACGAAAAAAUAUAGUUCAACGGGGUGUUAUUUGAUUUUUAAGUAUUUUUUUUUGUUUUUUGUGAAACGUGUGCUCAAUUUUUCUUAAACUCAGAAUACACCGGCCGUACAAUAUAGUAAUAAUAAUAAAUAAGGAAACGAAUCGAAAUUGAAAAAUACUGCGUAAAAAAUGCGAAUAACACGCAGCCAGCCGUUAAGGCGAGAGGGCGGUAACGGCCACGUGCCAUGAUGAGCUGAUGGAUGACGACGGGCCGGCAGCGGCGAACGACACGGCAGCGGCGAUCGAGCAGCAGUUGGAGAAACAGCAACGCGAAGAGGCGGAGAAGAAACGGCUAGAAGAGCUCCGGGAGCGGGUGCUGUUCUACUUGACUACUUUCUUCAUACUGCUGGGCAUCGUCAGUCUGUUCGUGUUUCUGUUCUUGGUGCCGUUCCUCAUUGAGCCGGCCAUCACGACUAUACUCAUGAAGUUCGACGAAAUUCCAACAACGUGCGUGACUGCACACUCACAAGUUCGAGUGGGCGCGUCCAACUGCUCGCUUCCAGGUGGCUGGGCAUCGUGCCGGGAAGGCUGCACUCGAGAGAUAUACGAGUGCGCACAGAUAUUUGUCAACUACACCGUGCCUAGAGACAGGGUGAGAGACUUGAAUGCUCGGGACCGGCGGUCGUUGCUCGUCCACGGCUACCGGCCCAUCGAGUCCGAGCCAGCCACUGGGUGGACGUAUUCCAUGGCCCGCAUAUACCCAAACGUCAAGGGGUGCGGUUACCCGCCUCACCUAAACUGCACCGAGUUCCGGGCAAGGUACUUUGAGGUGGGCGCUAGCUACCCGUGUUACUACAGCCGCGUCGAACCUUGGGUGGUCAUCACCGAACUAGACCUAGCCAAGAGCACUAGACAGCUGGUGUACUCUAUGGUGUUUCCCAUACCAUGUUUCGUCGUGUCCGUCGUGUACGUAGCGCUCGCGUAUUUCUGUGUGUACGCCGGCCGGCACCGCAAGCCCAAAGUCAAGCGUCGCGUCGUCCGACGGAUGGUUGGCGGUGGUGGCGUUACUGGAAGCGGUGUUGGUACCGGAAGUGCAGUGGGCUACGGUUGUAGUGGCGGCGGGGGUUCCGCUUCCCGUGCAAAAUCUGGUUCGGAGGCUACGCCGAUCACCAACAACAGCAGCGCCGCCGCCGCACCGACUUCACCCAUCGGCACCGGAACGCCCGACAGUGAACCGUUGUACCGUCGACGAAGCGACCACGUUGGUGAUGUCGAUGAUUAUGACGAUGAUGACGACGCGUCCGAAAUGUAUUACGGCGAUCAGCUCAGGUCCACGCUGGGCGUGGACGAUUCCGUCUCCGACUACGUGAACGCGCUCCGUUUGUCUGAACACACGCUCAGACAAUCAGACUCGAACGAACCGUCUAGGGGCGAGUGGUCAGAUGAAUAUGACAACUGCGAAGCAAGCGUGUGCGAUAGCAGCCUCGAACGAUCGGUAAAAACCAUUUCCGCUACGACUACUGUCGUCGCCUCGGCCUCACCGUUUCCAACUAAUUCUACCGGAAACUUGACCAAGACGAUGACGACGUGUAUCUUAACUCCCCCUGGGCCGACGGCGGAAGUCUGAAAAGAAAUCUACAUCACAUCGAUAACAUUUCCUGGAAGCCCACCAAAUGAUUUGAUAUAAUACGCGACACUAUAUUAUAAUAUUAUUGUCCGAUUCGUAUCAUCCAGGCGAUUUUCGUUUUUAUUUAAUAAUACCUUUACGCGUUUACAAUAUAAUUGUUAUAAAAUAGAUAACAUUCAAUUAAGU